UAGAAUAGCCGCGUGAGGGCGUCAAGCUCGCAAUUGAGAUACUGAUUAAAACCCAAAUAACUCGUACACAAUAUUAUUAUCAUCAUGAAAUAUAUACAAUAAAGACUUGUGCACCGUGUGCAGAAUUCUACCGAUACAAAAGACAUUACAGCUGUUGUUGCAUUAAUUCUAAAGCUGACGGCGGAGCUAACUGGAUAAACAGGAAUCCCUAAUGAUCACCAGAAAGAGAGGAAAGAUUCAGAGUGACGCCAUGUCCUCACCCUCUUACGAAUGCGAAGGUGCAGUCAGUCAACUCUCAUCACCGGAAAGUGAUUCAAACGACUGGGGCCUAGAUGACCUGCUAAGCUCCGAUUUCAACUGGGCGAUGGAUGACGACGCACUGGCCACUUUCCCAGACGCCGGAUUGCAAGAUUUAGGUCUGAGCGCAGAGAAAACUGACGUGUCUGCUGUGACUCUUUCCAACAGCAGAGCUUCAACACGCAGGCAGAAACUGCAAGACCUUUCUGGGAACAUCAAUAAGAACGCUCUUGCUGCAAGACUUAACCGGCUGAAGAAGAAAGAGUAUCUGACUGGCUUAGAGCAGAGUGUGGGAUCUCUGACGUCUGAAAACCAACUUCUCAAGCAGGAAAACAUCAGCCUGACCAAAAGAGUGGAGGAACUAGAGAAUGAGACUAGGUACUUGAGAGCUGUGUUGGCCAACGAGAGCACGUUGGCACAGCUGUUGUCUAGAUUAAGCGGUGUGAACGGCAUGAAAUUGUCUACCUCGCUUUUCCAGAAAUCCAACGAGAACGACCACGAUUACGCCAUGCCGAGGAAGAAAGUGAAGGUGGAGGACAAGGCUGCAGCAGGGGGAGUCUGUCUGCAUGUCGAUACAGGCCACGUCUCAGUGGAGUUCUGCACUAGAUGUGCAGAGAGUGCAAGCGCAUCGAUUAAAAUGUAGGGUCAAGUAUUUUGCCUUUUCAGAGUUUUCCUGAGACUGAACUAAGUACAUGUUAUAAACAUGACGUGGACACAUCCAGUAGUUGUCAAAUGACACAAAUUAACUGUGGACAUAAAUGGCAUGUUUAUAUAAAUCUGCUUUCAAUACAAGUUACUGCUAAACUUGUUGACAGUUUUUUCUAGGUGCUUGGUCCGCCAUGCUUGAUGACCGGGUCUCGGCACAUCCAGACUACCUGAAUCCAUGUGGAUUUGCUGUGGGGGAAUCUGAAGAAACGGGACCAGCAGCUUGCAACAUUGCCUGGUAAAUUUUAAAAGGUAGUACAAAGAACAGUGUAAGUUAAAGCUUUUACUGGUACUCCAUCACACUGCAUUUAUACCUACACUAUUCUAGUACAUUGCUGAUUGUUUAAACUCCUGGUCGUUUUUCCUGCCUGCUAUCACAUUGUAGCAAACUGAUCAUAUGUAAAGAAGUGCUUCGUCUUUGUGAGUGGAACAAAAAUGAUUUUUGGCACAAUCAUUGUAUUUUGUUAAUUAUUUCAUUGUAUGUGAGGAAAUGUAUUUGAACAACAAACACUGUUUAGGAUUGUGAGUGCAAAUAAAUCUUAUUUUUGUCAA